UGUUGGAGAUCAGAUCAGAGCUCACACCUCUCCAGAGCAGAGCAGACUGAGCAGAGACACUGAACACUUAUAGUUUGUCUUUUUAAUCGACAUCAUUCCUCAUCUGACCAUGGAAAAGAGAACCAACAGGAGAGUACACGAUGAACAUGUUGUUAAAAGUCAGCACUUGAAGCUGAUUGAUUUGAUAGAGAAAGCUCGGAGAAAAGGGUUGUCAAGCAAAUACCUUUACAAAGAAAACAUCCCGGCUUCCCCUCAACCAGAGUUUCAUGUGUCUCAUCUGAAACACGACACAAACCAAACUGGACUAAGAGGCAUCAAGACUGAUGAAGGCUUCAGGAACCCAGGCAGAGGCUCUCUGCUGUGGUGGAGUCUGGCUGUGGGACCUGAUGAGAUAGCGUCAGCUGAGAGGAGGCUCCUGGAGACGACCUUCCCGGACCGGACGGAGGAGCAGGUCCAGAUGCAGCAGAGCUUCCUGGAGAAGUUUACCACCUCCCCGGCCUUCGAGCAGACCUCCAGACUGGGCUCGUACCGCUUCACCUUCCCCCUGGAGGAGGUGCUGAAGGCCUACAGACAGCAGUUUUGCAGCGGCGCUCAGCCCGUCAUGCGGGUGUACGAGACCGUCCUGUACAAACAGGAAGUGAUGUACGUUGUGCUGAUCCACAGCCCAGCCAAUCAGGAGCGGUUCUCUAAAUAUCCUUUGCUGACUGACGACCCAAACUCUGUCUGCACCUACAAAGACGGCUGCUUCAUCUGGAGGCCUCAGGCCAUGAGUGAGACACACAGGUAUAAGUUUGUCUUGAGACAGGAUGCGAUGCAGAUGGAAGCAGCAGAGGCAGAGCAUCCUCAACAGUUUUAUGUCUGGGAUCAUUUUGCCGUCGCCCUGCAUGUGGAUAAACAGGUGCUGAACUUUGGCGCUGACCGGCUGAGAGAGAACCUCAUGUGGUGUGAUAAAGGAAAUGUUCAAAUCGCUGAUAAAGGAAAGCCAAUCUAUCAAGAAAACAUCACUUUUAAUGAUUUCCCAGAAGCUGAAGAGUUUGUUAAAACAUUGUGGCCCGACAAUCCCUCUCCGCUGAAGAAACCUUUACAGCUAAAUUAAGGGCGGCUGUAGUAGUUUUAUUGUUAGAAGAUCAUCCACCAAUGUGAGCAAGACACUUAACCCGUUGCUGCUCCAGAGGUGUGCGAACUCUGACAUACAUAUCCAUUGUAAGUCCAUUUGGAUAAAAGCGUCAGCUUAAUAAAAAAAUGUAAUGUAAUGUCGUCCUAUAAUUAGGGUAUAUUUCAUGAUUAUUGUUAAUUAAAGUUUUUCUUUUUUCUUCAAAAAAAGAUAAUAUUUUAGGGAAAAUCAUAUUAUAGAAUCAGAGCAUUGGCCUCAAAAAGUUGAAAUGAUCUGUUUAUUUAUUUAGGUUAAAAAACUCUGUUCCAGAUUUUAAAAAAAUAUCUUAGUUUAUUAAUGUCCUCCUGUAUAACAGAGGGACACAAGAAGGAUCUCGCUCAAUUUUUAUAUUUUUUAAUAGCUAUUUUUGAGGAGAAGUUUUUUUGUCAUGCUCAGCUGUCAUUAGGGUCGUGCACUGAGGAUUUUGAUAACUGGUGUUCAGCUUUAAAUAAAAACAGAUUGUACAUUCUACAAUCGAAAAGACA